AUGGUACCAAUCAGGGAGGCAAUGGAACUUGUUGCGAGAGAAUUUCCACCAGACAUCGCCAAACUCUUCAAACACUGUCUAACCACAACCUACUUUCAGUGGAACAGCGAAUUCUUUGAGCAGACGGAUAGAGUAGCAAUGGGCAGCCCUCUUAGUACAGUGAUAGCCAACUAUUUUAUGGAAAAAUUUGAAAAGAACGCUCUGGACACAGCCGUGAGGAAACCUAAGUGCUGGUUCCGCUAUGUGGAUGACACUUUUGUUGUUUGGGGCCAUGGUCUGACUGAACUGGAAGACUUCCUGAGGCACCUCAACUCAAUAAACCCUAAAAUUCAAUUCACUAUGGAAGUGGAGAAGGAUGGGCGACUGCCUUUUUUGGAUGUCUUGGUGACCAGAAAAGCCAACGGAAAGCUGGCCCACACAGUGUACAGGAAACCGACACAUACCGACCGCCCGCUGACCAUGCUCUACGUUGAAAGCUGUUUUGGGUAUACUAUUAGGAUCCAUCUCGAUCUGGUGGAACCCGCUGGCUAG